AUGUCGUCUCCCAGACAGUCGGCAGAAGUUGUUCAGAUCCCAGAUGGACUAUCACAGGGGCUCGCAUCGACGGUGAGCUUGAAUGAAAAGCUUGACAAUCACAACUCUGAGCCAGCCUCGCCAACCAGUAAGGACAUGGAGGACCAGGAUGUUGGCAAAGAGACACCGUUGGCAGACGGAAGCGAGCCAGCAGAAGCCAAUUCUCAUACGACACUAGAUAAUGCUUUGGAUUCACUGAAAGAUAAGGGAAAGGGCAAAAGUACGGAAGGAAACACUGUGGACGAGCUACGGACCGCGACCAACGAAGAGCCUGUACCGCAAGAUAUGGAAUCAUCUACUGCGACUUUGAAACCCGUUCAAACCCGACCCCCGAACAUUUCUACGCAGAACAUGUCACUAGUUGAUCAAACGUAUCUGGAUCCUACCCCAAAGACACCUGGCACCUCUCGGCCUCCUUCACGAUCUGCGUCGACUGCAAGAACACAUCAUCUACACGCGGAAGGGUUGGAUAGAUCACCUACGAGAUCUGACGCAGGUUUCGACGAAAAAACCAGCGCAAGCGAGGACGAGCGAGAAGGAGGGUCUAGGUCAGAAAUACAAAGCAUAAUGGAUCAAUUUGGCGAGGACGGACAAGGCCCAGGGCAUGAAGAAGUUAUGUCUCCUCGUCUUGAGUUUGCUGGCCCGCUUCUUGGCAGUCCAGUACAACACCCACCUCGCAAAUCGAGCCUGGAACCCUUGAAUGCAAAUAUUCUAAGCCAGAGUAUAGGCGAUUUACAAAUAUCAUCAGCUCCUUCAUCAGGUCAACGAACGAGGAACGACUCUGACGUCGGCCCAGCUGUCCCACCGAAAGCAGAAUCUAUACGUAGCUUUGGUAAAAUGCAGGACGAUCGUUAUUCCUCCACAGAUACUCCAUUAUCACCCCCUCCUUUGCAUCGGCCCCCACCUCCCGAGCCAGAACCUGAACCGGACCUACCUUUCGAUUUUCAUCGAUUCUUGGAACAGCUAAGGCACAGAACGGCGGAUCCUGUGGCAAAGUUCUUACGGUCGUUUUUACAGGAAUUCGCAAAGAAACAAUGGAUGGUACAUGAACAGGUUAAAAUAAUAGGCGAUUUCUUGGCUUUUAUCACCAAUAAAAUGGCCCAAUGCGAGGUAUGGCGUGAAGUUUCGGAUGCAGAGUUUGAUAAUGCGCGUGAAGGCAUGGAAAAAUUAGUUAUGAAUAGGCUAUAUACCCAGACUUUCUCUCCGGCAAUUCCUCCACCCCAGCCUAUCCCAGGUGCAAAGCCAAGAAGACGGGGUGCUGAUCGACCCAUGGGUCCCGGUCGAAGAGGACAACAUCAAGAAGAUGUCGAGAGAGAUGACAUUCUUGCUCAGAAAGUCAGCAUUUAUGGUUGGGUGAAAGAAGAGCAUUUAGAUAUACCACCAGUUGGCGACAGUGGAAAACGGUUCUUAAUUUUGGCACAACAAGAAAUUUUGAAGAUCAAAACCUACAGAGCUCCACGGGACAAGAUAAUAUGUGUUCUGAACUGUUGCAAAGUGAUUUUUGGGCUACUCAAACAUUCAAAAACAGAUUCAUCGGCAGAUUCAUUUAUGCCUCUCCUAAUCUACGUUGUCCUUCAAGCAAACCCCGAGCAUCUUGUAUCCAACGUUCAAUAUAUUCUUAGGUUUAGAAAUCAAGAAAAGCUAGGAGGAGAGGCAGGAUAUUAUCUUUCAUCUUUGAUGGGCGCUGUCCAAUUUAUCGAAAACCUGGACCGAACAACUCUUACAAUAAGCGAUGAGGACUUUGAACGAAAUGUUGAAGCCGCUGUAUCCGCCAUUGCCGAAAAGCAUCAAGCUGAAGUCGCUUUAAGUCCUGUCCAAAACAGUCCGCCAACACAGCUUUCUGAGAAAUCUACUCCUAGCCGCCCCGAAGUAACCCCUCGACAUUCCAUGGAAGGCGAGUCGUCAGCCCCCAGAAGAUCAACAUCAUCAAGCGAGUAUGAAGCUGGGGAUAGCGUAGACGAGAAAGCUGCCAUGAGCGGUCUGCUUCGUACUAUUCAGAAACCACUUUCUUCCAUCGGAAGAAUGUUCUCGGACGACCCUUCCCCUUACAGUGGGCCCGCGAGGACCCCUAAUCCGGGGAAUACGCCGCGAAUGACUCCAUCGCCACGAGUAAGCAUGGACGGGCUUCGGCCCCCACACCGGAGGCCUAGUGAACGUGAAUCAAACGCUAGAAAUAGGAUGACAGCUGAGGAUGCAGCUGCAAGACAAGCAAGUGCAGAGGCUGCAGAAGCACAUCGUCUUCAGCGUGCAGAGCACGAGAAUGUUGUAGAGACUCUUGCAGGAAUGUUUCCAGAUUUAGACAGGGAAAUUAUUAGUGAUGUGGUUACUCAAAAAGAGGGAAGGGUUGGUCUGGCAGUCGAUGCAUGUCUUGCCCUCAGUUCUUGA